AAUAAUAAUAAACCAAGCCUUCCCUUCCCCCUCCAGAGAGAAGAGAAGCAAACCCUAGCCGCGACCGAUCCGUCUCGUCCUCCCGGCCGUCAAACUAUGGCGCUACGCAACCUGGCCGUGAAGAUGCGGAUCCCGGCCUCGGCCGCGCCCCGGCUCCUGUCAGCCCCUCGCGUUUUGCCGGCGGCCGGUUCUCGGGCGCUCCCUUUCUCCUCCUCCUCCAAGUCCCCCAUUAAGGUCGCUAGAAGCUGGUACCUGUUACAGCGAGAGCAUUAUGAUGAUCUGACAAAAGAGUUAAGAAACUUAAGCCGUCUGGUUUUGUGGACUGAAAAGUUCGAUCGUUUCCUUAGGCGGGUUUACCUAGUCGGCACUCCUUUAACCGCUGGUUGUUUGGUCUUGGAGUGGAAUGACUAUCGGAAAGCCAGUGAAGCUGCGAGGAAGGAAUGGCUAUCCACCACUAAUGCUGAUGUAUGUUAGCACUCUCUUUAUGGUAACUAUCUGCAAUAGCAGGUAACCAUCUAGCAACGAUGGUUUGCUGUGUCUAUGUUGAACCCUAUUGCUUCGUGGGGACAGUGGUUAUUGUCUUCUGUAAUUUGUGUAAGCGUACUUGUUUGUUGUACUGGUGUGUUGCACUUGUUAUUGUUGAUCUGGUGAAAGUCCGAACAACUGGUUUUGUCAA